CGACAGUCUCCGCCUCACCAUGACAACAACCCGGUUUUUUCCAGCUCUGCAACCGAAGGAAACGUUCACCUGGAUCCUGAAAUAACAUUAAUAUUAAUGUUAAUAAUAAUGUAAGAAAAUACGUGUGUGAUUUAGGUGAAAAUGUUCACGUAAGAAUCUGAUAUUUCACGCGUCGCAGAGUCUCCGUGGGUUUUAUCUGCGUGACCGUCAUCGUCCUCCUCAUCAUGGCUCUGCUUCAGCGCCAGCAUCCUCCGCUGCGUCUCCCUCUUGUCCUCACCCUGUCGUCGUUGUUGUUGUUGUCCUCCGUCCAGCGCACGGACACUCGCUCCUCUCAGAUAUCCGACCUCAAAUCAAAGAUUUCCGGUGUGGAGGAGCUGCUGGAGGAGUUCCGCAAGCAGCUGCAGCAGGACCAGGCGUCGCACCGAGCGGGAGACGCCGCCGCCGCGGUGAUUGACUCCUGCGCGGGGGACUUCGACGCCGCCGGCGAGCGGAUCAUCCGCGCCAGGGACUCCAUCGAAAAGGGCGCCACCUUCCUGCUGGCGCCGGAGCGCGUGUUCACGUGGAGGGACUGUCUCCACGCGUGCUGCUCGCAGCCGCACUGCACCGUGGCGGUGGUUCAGGAUGAGCCGAGGCCGGAGCCCGGGGACGGGCUCUCCUGUUACCUGUUCAACUGCACCUACCGAGGCCGACACGUGUGCUCCUUCGCCCCGCAGCAGGGAUUCAGCACGUACAGCAGGACCGUCAACAACAGCCAGGGACAGGGACACGGUGUCCUCCCUGCUGCUCCAUCCAGAGGCUCCUCCAGGAGGCCCGGGGAGGAGGAGGACGAGAUGGAGGAGGCGACACAAGACGGGGGGGACGAGCCUCCUCGCAGCGACGCGGGACAGGACGUGGUGAUCCAGCUGCCCACAGACUGGGCCGUGCUGGACGGCCGGGACAGCGUGGACGACCACGGCAUCGGCCGCUACGAGUGGACUCUGGUGAGAGGAGACACGGCCAUUGACAUGAAGGUGACUCAUCCGGGAUUAUUGAAGAUUAGCGAUCUGCAGGAGGGCGUGUACACGUUCCAGAUGACGGUCACGGACACGGCGGGUCAGCAGAGCUCCGACAACGUCUCCGUCACCGUGCUGGCGCCCAAACACCAAGCAGAAGUCUGCACCGGUCACUGCUCAAACUACCAGUUUAGGUGCGACGACGGCUGCUGCAUCGACAUCACGUACGCCUGCGACGGGAAGCAACACUGUCCGGAUCGCUCCGACGAAGACUUCUGUCCCAACUUUGACAGCAGCAGGAAGACGGUGACUCACCCGGUGGACGGAGAGCAAGCCGAGGACGUGUCCAUGCUCCAGAGCGGACCCAGGAAGACCAGUGAGAUUGUGGUCCCCAGUCAGGACAGGACCAAGGUCGCUCCUCCUCAAAGUCCCAGUGAGACGAGGACUUCGGUCAGUCAAGUAACAUCUGGUGCGGCGCCGUCUCCUGGUGUAGAUCCAUGUGCCGCAGCUCCAGUCGUCGGACCGUGUAAAGGAACGUUCCCGCGCUGGUACUACGACCAAACCGCCGGAGAGUGCCAGCACUUCCUGUACGGAGGUUGCCAGGGCAACCACAACAACUUCCUGCAGAAAUCGGACUGUGUCAGUGAAUGUGUACAAAAAAGUGCAGCUCUGAACCCAGCGACUGUGGCUCCGCCCAUCACCAAGCAGACAGAGAUAGCUGCUCCUAAAAUCUCCCAGAGUCAAACGGAGAACGAUGACGUCCCCGUCUCUAAACCGUUUCCAGCCGUAGGAGGACAUCCUGUCCCUGAGUCCGCUGCGAUCCUUCCUCUGGCUCUGGGUCUCAUCAUCACGGCGCUGCUGCUGCUCAUCAUCGGCUGUCGCCUCAGACUCGUCCGUCACAAGCUGAAGAAGGCGCGGCCUCUGACCACGGAGGAGUCCGACUACCUCAUCAACGGCAUGUACCUGUAGCCGCUCAGUGUGUGUGUGUGUGUCUGCGGCGGAACACGAGGCUCGACAGAGAGAGAGAGAGUUUGAGCAAAAUGACUUCUUUUUGAAUUUGCACCUCUCAGUGUCUCGUCUCUAACCAACGGCGUGAAGAACCUUUGAAAUCUGCUGCUGUUUCUGUCCAAAACAAUCACACCGUCACGCUUAUGUGGAGAAAUAUCAACACUGCUGUCUGUAUUCUCCCCUCUGAUGUCUGGGACACACACAAGAGGCUCUUUUUUUAUCAUUUUAUUAAUAAUAUUUUUAUUAUUUUUGCUGCAUAUAUAAAAACCUGUUGUAUUUCUGCCACUGGGUGGCACUAUUGCACCAUAUUUCACGCUGUGUACUAGUGCCUGCUGUUUUAAGUGACCCAGAAUAAUAGGAAGCCAUAGUGAAUUCUCCUCAGAUCCCCUCACUCCUAAAUGAAUGUGUGAUGCAUGUGUUCAUCUUGCAGUUAACACAUGUUGGACUCACUGUACCUGUGUAGAUGUGUUCCCUCCCAAGUGCUGUCUGUCCUGUCAGAUUAAAGAUUAAAGUUUAUUAUA